AUCACUGAGAGAAUAAUUGUUUUAUUCGUUGUGAUCAACAGUCAGGAAGAAAUUCAAGGGAAAUAUGUUGUGUGUGUUUUAUUUCUCCUUUGGAAUUUAGUGGAUGUGGUAAGGUACACCUACAACAUGUUAGCAAGGAUGGGAAUAUACUACCUACCACUGACAUGGCUGAACUUCUCACUGUGCAUCCCACUCUACCUCCUUUCAGUUCUGGCUAAAGCUUUUGCAAUUUGUGUAUCACUGCCUUAUUUUGAAUCCUUUGGCACAUACUCCAUCAAGCUACCAUUUCCAUUUGCCUUCUCAAUCUACUUCCCCUACCUUCUGAAAAUGUACCUGCUAGUGCUCUUUAUAGGUAUGUGCUUUAUCACCCAGAACCUCUUCUCUGAAAGGAAGGCACAUUUAGGGACAGGCAACAUCAAAAUAAAAAGAAGCUAA